CGGGCAGGGACACGGGCAGGGACACGGGGACGGACACGGGGACGAAGCCGCUCCCGCCGCCCGGGGGGGCGCCCCCCGCGCUCAAGCCCAAUUAUGGCCGCGCGCGGGGCUCGCGCGCCGCCGGGCCAAUCAGACGAAGCGCCGCGGCCGCGCGCGCUGUCCCGUGACCGCGCGCCCCCGCAGGCGGGGCGGGCCCGCAGCGCGCGGCGACAGCGGCGACAGCGGCGACAGCGGCGACAGCGGCGACAGCGGCGACAGCGGCGACAGCGGCGACAGCGGCGACAGCGGCGACAGCGGCGCGGCAGGGAUGGCGCGGAGCGGCGCGGCGCUCGGCAGGGCGCUGGCCGGAGGGGCCGCCGCCAGGCACUUGGCUUCUUGUGGCAUUCUGAUGACCAGAACUUCUCCUUUGCAAGUACCUGUAGUGAGCCAUACUUUUUCAAGAAAUUUCUUCAAUGUUGCUGCACCACUAAUAAAUAAAAGAAAAGAAUACUCUGAAAGAAGAAUUAUAGGGUAUUCCAUGCAGGAAAUGUAUGAAGUUGUUGCUGUUGUGGAGAAUUACAAGCUCUUUGUUCCUUGGUGUAAAAAGUCAGACAUACUGUCAAAGCGCUCUGGAUACUGCAAAGCACAGCUAGAAAUAGGAUUUCCUCCUGUAGUAGAGAGAUACACAUCAAUUGUAACCCUAGUGAGACCACAUUUAGUUAAGGCAUCAUGCACAGAUGGAAAACUCUUUAAUCACUUGGAAACAGUGUGGCGUUUGAGCCCUGGUAUCCCUGGUUAUCCAAGGACGUGUACAUUGGAUUUUUCAAUUUCUUUUGAAUUUCGUUCACUUCUACACUCCAAUCUCGCUACACUAUUUUUUGAUGAAGUUGUAAAGCAGAUGGUUGCUGCCUUUGAAAGAAGAGCAUCCAAACUCCAUGGCCCAGAAACCAGCAUCCCCCGGGAGUUGAUGCUGCAUGAAGUUCACCAGACGUAAAGGGAAACUGUAACAAGCUCAGCUAUAAACUUGUUCCUACACUUCAUUUUACAAAGUACCAUGCUCCUCCUUUGGGGCAUCUAUUUCUUAUCUGAGCUGGGGGUGUGAUCCUCCCCUGUGCCAAACACACCUGCUCAGCCAGACACGUACAGAACGUUCAAAAGCCGCAGUCAAGUGCAGCUCAAAGCCUUAUCAGUAACAGACACCUGGCAGCUCCUGGAGCCCAGGCUAGCUCAGGCUGCCGUUUAACGGCUCCUGGAAUCAGGGCCCAAGCUCUGCCUCAGCCCCUGGGGGUUCCAGCACUGUAACACAUUAACUCGGCUUUGUGGGAACGCAGCUUCACAGCAUCCACUCACCAGCUCUGCCUAAGCAGAGCCAACUGACACUGCCUUCCCAGAGAAUGGCAGUCUGGCAACCUGAGGAGUGGUGCUUUUAAUCCUAAUGAACAGCAAAGCUAAGUCAGGGGUCUCCAGCUGCUCCAGGAACAGCAACUGCUCUAGAACUCCCCUCAUUUUCAGGGAUGAAACGCGUAAGGAGUACUAAUUGGAGUGCAGCAGUCUCAGGUAUAGCCAGUGGUUCCCAGUGGACCCGUCUGAAAUUUGUAGUACAUAUGGCAGGCUGAACUUGCUCCUUGGCACUCCUUCCCUGUUACACAUUGCACUUUGGUUACCUCCAUCUCAUCUAAUGCAAACAGAACACUAAAGCAAGUGUUACCUCUGAGAAACAGGUACCAAUGCUGCCCUACCUGGAAGCAGGGAACAAGAGGCCCUGUGCUUCCUGCAGACAAGCACAGCCAAGGCCAGCUGUCAUCAUAAAUCAUACAAGAGAGCACUAAACCCUCAUGCUUUGAGGUUUUCCAGUACCAUACUCCCACUGUGAUAAUACCAUCUUGAUAAAAUACAUGUUUAGUGCUUCUAUUCCUGAAACUCUCUUCCUGAAAGUCUCUAAAGAAACCAAAAGAAGAGGUUUGAACAGAUUCUAAAUACUUCCUUUAUGCUGCCUCACAUUACCAAGCUUCAGGCUAGGUGCUGAAGCUGGUCCUUUCUCUGCAGCAGAUGUAAUCCAUAUGGUUACUACAUGACAGGAUAUUAAAUAACAUAGAAAGGUAUGUUUCAAAAUAAAGACAGCCCUGAAACAG